UACAUCCGCCAUUAUCCUGUUGAUUGCACAUGGAGAAACACACCCUGGACACAUCCACAGCCAUCCUCCAAAUAGAGAUAUGAAUGUGGUCUUGUAAAGACUGUGGGACAACUGUAUCAACAAGAGUCCAUCUACUAAAACACUACAGGUUAGCUCAUGGCAAUUUUGGCCGCAGGUACCCAUACCCAUGCACUUAUUCUGAUUGUCCGUGUGUAUUCAAAACUUGGAAUGCUCUUCAUAGUCAUUUAAGCAGGUCACAUAUUAAUCAAAGUGUUGAAAAAUGUGUUACUUCAGCUACAUUUAACUGUCAGUUGUGUACAAGCACCUGCAUAGGAUCAGCACAAGAGUAUUUUAGUCACAUAUAUAACCAUCUCAAGAGCCAUGAAACGGUGAAUUGUAUGUUUCAGGGCUGCUGUUUCCAGACAAAUAUUUAUGGUACUUUCAAGUCCCACAGAAAUAGAAAACACACUCCAUAUUCUCUUCAAGAUUUUAAAGUAGGUAUUGUAAACACUAGUGAAGCAGAACAUUUAGCAGAAGGUGACAUUGGUAAUUCAGCUCAUAGUGGGGAGUGUGAUGUUGAUUCUGAUAGUGAUAUAGAAACUGAAACAAAAGAACAACAUUUAUCUAAGACUAUAGAACUGAAAUUAGCAUCUCUUUUACUAAAACUUGAAAACUAUUUCCAUGUUCCACGCACAGCAAUAGAUGAACUGCUUGCUGAAUUGCAUUAUUUGAUAGGAUCUGCGUCUGUGCCCAUAUCAAACGAAGCAAUCCAAGAAACAUUGACAAAUCACAAUAUCUCUGUGGACCAGAUAGUAAUUAAAGAAUUGACCACUGCAUUAUCUUCAUGUAAUCCUUUGUUAAAAGGUAUAGAAAAGGAUGGCCCACUAGCCACAGCUCAUAAACGCAGCAAGUAUUAUAAAGAAAAUUUUGAUAUAAUCGAUCCAGUAGAGUACAUACUUGACGCAAAAACAAGACGAACCUUCCAGUAUAUUCCUGUUCUGAAAACCUUAGAGCAGUUACUCAAACAGAAAGAUAUACUUCGUAAAGUUGUUGAUAGUCAUUCAGACCAGCAUUCUGUACAUGGGGAGUAUAGAUGUUAUCAAGAUGGUUGUCACUUUAAAAAUAAUGAGUUUCUUGCAGGUGAGGAAUUAAGACUGUCGUUGUGCCUUUACAUAGAUGACUUCGAGAUCUGUAACCCUCUAGGGACGUCGCGAAAAAAACAUAAACUUUGUGGGGUUUAUUGGAUUUUAGGGAAUUUGCUGCCAGUUUGUCAGUCAUCAUUGAACUCAAUUUAUCUUGCAUUACUUUGUAAAAGUGAAGAUGUAAAAACAUUUGGCUAUAAAAAAAUAUUUGAGCCCUUUCUGCAUGAUAUUGUUAAAUUAGAGCAACAGGGGGUUUUCAUUGAUCAUCUAGGAACAUUCAUCAGAGGUACUGUUCAGUGUGUAGUCGCUGAUAACCUUGGAGCUCAUGGAUUAGCUGGAUUUGUGGAGAGUUUUUCUGGAGAUUUUGUCUGUCGGUUUUGUACUGCUACACGCAGUGAAAUUCAGUCACAGGAGGUCAAAGAGGGUGGCUUCAUUCUCAGAACUAAAGAGCUUCAUCAUACACAUGUAGCAAGUGCAUGUGAACAAGGUAAACCCUGUUUUGGAGUCAAAACUACAUGUGCUUUAGCUGAGAGCCUUUCGUUCUUUGAGGUUACGGCAGGUUUCCCCCCAGAUCUUGCUCAUGACCUUUUUGAGGGGAUAGUACCCAUUGAACUUGCUCAGUGCUUUGGAUUGUUGUUAGCCAAGAAGUACUUCACUUUUGAUGGUUUAAAUGAACUAAUUCAGGCUUUCCCAUACAAGUGGGGGGAUAAAACAAACCGUCCUCAAAUAUUGCCACGUGCUUUCCAAAGAAAAAAAAAUAUUGGUGGCAACUCACAUGAGAACUGGUGUCUAUUAAGACUACUACCACUGAUUGUUGGAAAACUAAUUCCAGAAGAUGAACCAGCUUGGCAGCUUAUAUUAGAUUUGAAGGAUAUUGUUGAUCUGGUUGUUUGCCCUGUACAUACAAAUGAGUCAAUUGCAUACUUGGAGACUAAAAUAUCAGAGCACAGAUACAAGUAUUGCACACUUUUCCCAGAAAGAAAAAUUCUACCAAAACAACACUACCUGGAACACUAUCCAGCUCUGAUCCUCCUCUUUGGUCCACUAGUUUCUUUCUGGACUCUGAGGUUUGAGUCGAAGCACAGUUAUUUUAAACAAGUUGUGAGGCAUACCAACUGUUUUAAAAACAUAACAUUGUCUUUGGCCACUAAACAUCAGCUCAUGAAUGGCCAUAGUAUGUUUUCAUCAAGCUGUGAAAAAAACUCUCUCGAGGUUACACGAGUCUCAACAGUCCCUCUUGAUGUCCUUAAAGAAGAGGUAGCAGUUAGCCUCCAUCAGAAGUACCCUGAUCUUACUGUUGUUAAUCUAGCACAGAAUGUAUCUGCUGAUGGCAUCAACUUCAGAAGUGGCAUGAUAAUAGUGCAUGGAUUUGUUGGUGGACUGCCAGACUUUGCCGAAAUUGUGCAGAUGUGUGUUUUAAAAGAUGGGCUUGCCUUCAUAGUAAAAAAAUUAAGCUCAUGGUACAGAGAACACUACAGAUCCUUCGAGUUGGAUCCUUCUCCAAGGGAUGUUUGUGUGAUUGAACUGAGUCAACUUGUGGAUCGUUACCCCCUCUGUGAUUACAAAGUUGGCACUCUCCGGAUGGUUACUUUGAAAAGAUACAUACAUUCUUCAGAGUAGGAGUCUGAUUUAAAGGUACACACGAUGUCUACUCCAGCAAAGCUUCGGAUUGUCCUUGGAGCAGAUAACUGUGUGAAGCUCACUUUGACCUCUGGAAUCCCGGACUCUGUGGACAGUCUUAAAUUUGAGAUUCAAAAACAGUGUGGAAUUGAAGGAGAGUUCAGACUGCAGUACAUGGACAAUGAUUUUGACCAGUUUAUGAACCUUACUUCAACAACAGAUAUCCAAGACAAAGGAACAGUAAAAGUGAUUGUACCAAGUGAGCAGUCAACACAGGCACCCAGUCAUAUGCCAUUCACACCUUUUCAGGGGAUGGAUGAUUCCUCUGCAGACACUGACAUACUUUCAUCCUCUGAGUCAACCACUUCAACCUCAUCUCCAACCUCGUCACUAAGAAGCCAAGGCUGGCCACGCAGCUUCCCUGUUCCUCCGUUCUCCUAUGAAGUUGAGAUGCAGCUGUCAGAGGCAAACCAGCAAUUCCUUGCUGAAGGCAAGCGUAUGAACCCUAGUUUCAAAGUCAGGUCAGACAUUUUACAGGCCUUGGCUUCUGAAAUAAUGAAAUACACAACAGGAUACCCUACCUCUGCACAAUUAGAUGAUGUUGCUGAAGCUUUGAUCAGAAAACAUCCAUGCUUAAAGGAACAGGGCUCUGCUACUGGAUACUACGGUUGGAAAAUCAGCUUGAAAUUCAAAAUGGGCAACUACCGUACUAAGCUUAGGAGCUUAGGAUGCCCAGAAAUUAGCAUUAACUCCAUGAGAAACAGACAGCCUAGUAACUUGUCAAGUCCUAACCAAGUUAAGAAACCCAGGCGAGCCGAGGUAAAUUUCUGCCCUCAAUAUCCAGUUGGAGAAGACAGAGAGAGUCUUGAGAAGGAACGCAUGGAACUGCUAUCUGAGAUCAAGAAAAGGAACAACCAUCAGGUGAUAAAAGAGAAAAUGGAGAAAACCUUUGCUCAUCGGCGGUAUGAAGUGGUUCAAAGCAUGCCCUUCAUCGCAGAAUUCAAAAGUAGAUGGCCGGCUCUUUUUACAGAACAUGAGGUAAGCGCUGAGUUCAUGCGGAUAACCACCAUCCCACUCAUCCCAAAGUUUAUGUCGCAGCUGGACCACUACUAUGACAAGUUGACUAGAGUGCUCCGAAAGAAAGGAGGAGCAGCAGGUCGCAGAAUAACAGACAUUAUGGCUGUUAUUGACCAGAACGACUCCAUCGAAACAAGGAGAGCUUGCAGCCUCCAAGCAGUAGCUUUGUAUCUCAAUGAAGACCCCAAAGAGCUAGUGAAGGAAUACGGAAGUGAGACACCUGAUGAAACCCAGAGAGAAUUGGACCGGACGGUCAUCGGCAUCUAUGUGAUAAAACAUCCAAGUGCAGAACUUCCAGAAGAUGUGGGCAUCAUCGUUGAAGGUGUACAGGUGCUCUCUGACAUCAAAGAUGUCGCCACUGCUUGUGCCUUACUGUUCGGUACCAUCUACGACCUGAACCUGAGCUAUCCAACUGACCUCAGGUACACGUUUGAAUUCAUUCAAAAGAUCCUGAUGGAGCUUGAUACACACAGGCUUUCAACCAAAAUCCAGGUACUCAAAAACAAACUGCUGGAAUGAAUGCAUGAAGCUGUGACAGUGUUGUGACCUGGAGGCUAUUUAUUACUAAUCCGUGUAUCAUUCGUU